GGCAGACACGGCAACGAUAGGCAACUGCUAACUUCCGACCCUCUCAUGCUGAAUGUGAUCUCCUGCACAGCUGCAAAUGCCGUUGGCUUUGCUUUUUUACUAGCAUGUUGACCGCCAAGCGCAAGCCGUCAAGUGCGGACUUGGGUGAUGAUAGACCCGUGGCGAAGAGAAGUAACAGCCUGAGCCACAAUGCUCAUGCGCCUUGGUUGCAAGACUCCAGACCUUCUCGGAGCUGGCGGGCUAUGGGAGAUCGGGGGGUACGGUCUUCGCUGCCUCUAGAAAAUAUGGUCUCGACUGUGCGGGAUCUCAUUGACCCUGAUUUCGACCCUCUUAUUGCUCUUCUUGACGAUGAACCGCGCUUCUUAAAACCUCUCCCGUCUCGCAUACCGCCGGAAGACCUUGAAUUCUUGCGAUUUCGGGAGGCUUUGUCGAUCCCAGAGAGCGGCCUGCGGAAUGAGCUACUGCGAUGCUAUAUUAAAUGGGUGCAUAGCUUCAUGCCGGUCUUGAAUCUACAGGAAUUCCUCAGAUGCGUCGCGGAAAAUGACCCCAAUGGUAAUAUUAGUCUCCUGCUGUUUCAAGCAGUCAUGUUCGUGGCGACGGCCUUCAUCGAUCUGCAUCAUUUGCAGGCUGCUGGGUAUGCCACUCGGAAAAUUGCCCGUAAUGUUUUCUUUACGCGAUUAAGGCUCCUCUAUUCACUUGACUGCGAAGAUGAUCGUAUAGUCAUACUGCAGACUCUACUACUUAUGACUUAUUGGUCUGACCAUCAAAAUAAUCCGCAAAGAGAUAUCUGGGACUGGAUUGGUGUCUGCAAUAUACAUGCACAUUCGAUCGGAUUAAAUAGAGACCCUUCAUCAUCGACCGAUAUGGACCCGAGGAUAAAAAGGCUGAGGACCCGAAUUUGGUGGAGCUUGUACUCGCGAGAUCGUCUCAUUGCGAUGGGGCUAAGACGCCCAACCCAGGUGAACGAAGGGACAAGCAAUGUCCCCAUGUUGAAGCUGGAAGACUUUGACUUCGAGCCGUUCCACCCUCGCGUGAUUGAGAUGUUUCGCUGUCGUCAGCUGGAAGAUGUUACUCACCAAAAGCGCUUGGCGACUAUGUUCAUCGAAAAGGCCAAACUAUGCCAGUGCAUCGGACGGGUUUUGUUCGCUCAGUAUACCCCAUCACAGUGUCAGUUUGGCGUAACAACACGAACGACCAUCAGCCUCAUCCCUCGACAGGCAUCAGAAUCGGAGUUGGCACGAUGCAGUCAGCGGUUGGAAUCAUGGUUGAGUGCACUACCCAAAGACGCACAAUUCAUUCCUGCAUCAAGGACAAAUUUCCACGAUGGAGAAGACGUCCUUCUCCUCCACGGUGCCAUGGUACGAAUGCUGUAUCAUGCGACCACAAGCGCGCUGCAUCGUCCUUGGGCCUUCACGCCAAACAAGGAUCAGUCCAAAGCACGCAGGGAGUUAAUUCAAACUGCGCAAACAAAGAUGCAUGACGCUGCAGUCGGUAUCACACAUAUCAUCCAAGGUCUCAAUCAGCUCAACCUCACGCGAUUUCUCCCCCAAUCCGGUGUGACCGUCAUCAUCCCAGCCGCUGUGGCCCAUCUGGCAAACUCCUCAUCUGGCAAUCCCGCCACCCGAGAAUCCAGCAUCUACAACUUUCAGCGCUGCAUCCAAGUGCUGCAAGGCCUUAGAGACAUUUACCCUGCAGCAGACAUGGAGGUCGCGAACAUCGAAGCGGCAGUUAAGCUACAGUCGGACAGCGCAAGCACCUUCCUCCGAAUCAUGCAAUACACCAACAACUCCGGUUCUAUAUCUCAAGGCCAGUCACCAGAACAAGCACGAAAGCAUAGCACCAUCUCAAACCCACACACCAUAGCAUCAGCAGAAGACCGAACCUCUAGCCACUGGACGCCUCCCCGAGACGACCCCGACCCAACCAACAACCACAAACUACCCGGACCUCAUCAUUCAGCCAGUCCAACCAAGCAACAACUACAACAGCAGCGCACACCACCCAAACGCCACAGCAGCACAAUCAACCCACCUCCCAUCUUCAACAACAGCAACCCUACUGCCAACAACAAAAACAAUCCCACCAACUCCCUCCCCAAACAAGCCGAACCCACCCCACCCAACGACUUCGACGACGACCCCAUAUCCACAUUCCUCAACGACAACAACGACAACAACCCCACCAUCUCCCCCCGAAACACUCACUCCCAACCCAAUUUCACCUUCGACCAACCCUCCGACCAAUUCCCCUUCGACUUCGACCUCGACCUCGACUCCUUCGCCGCCGACUUCCCGCCCCAAACCCAACCACCCACCAACCUCAACCCACACUCUACUUCCAACCCCGACGCCUCCCCAGACCUCGACAUAGAUUGGGCCAGUGAGCUCCUCAGAUGGACUGGACCUGGUCCGGAGGACGCAUUAACCAAUAACAAUGAUUUGUUCUCGCCGUUUGCGCCGACCCAUAAUGUUGUGAGUACGCCCGGGCAGAGGUCUAUGAGUCAUGUGACUGGGGAUAUUACGGGGGAUUUGGAUAGGGAUUUGGGGUUUGUUCCGUCUGAUGAGGAGAUGUUUUAGGUUUCUAUUAUCUGGGUGUGGGUGUAUUGGGGUAUCAUGGAGUUCAGUGUAAAUAUAUAUAUAAGUAGUUUACUUAGUCGC